AUGGUCAGUCGCGGCCCCUACUGCCGUCGCGGCCCUGCUCCCGUCGCGGCCCCUGCUGCCGUCGUGGCCCUUGCUGCCGUCGCGGCCCCUGCUGUCGCGGCCCCUGCCGUCGCGGCCCCUGCCGUCGCGGCCCCUGCCGACACGGCCCCUGCUGUCGCGGCCCCUGCCGUCGCGGCCCCUGCUGUCGCGGCCCCUGCCGUCACGGCCCCUGCCGACGCGGCCCCUGCCGUCGCGGCCCCUGCUGUCGCGGCCCCCGCUGUCGUGGCCCCUGCAGUCGCGGCCCCUGUCGUCGCCGCACCUGCAGUCACGGCCCCAGCCGCCGCGGCCCCUUUGCUGUCGCGGCCCCUGCAGUCGCGGCCCCUGCUGUCGCGGCCCUGCCAUGCACCCGCCCCUGCCGCGCCGCCCACCGAGCCGCGCCGCUCUGCCGAGCCGCACUGCCCUGCCGAGCCGCGCUGCCCUGCCGAGCCGCGCCGCCCUACCGAGCCGCGCUGCCCUACUGAGCCGCACUGCCCUGCCUGCACUGCUCCUACUGCCACUGCUGCUUCUACUACUGCUGCUGCUACUGCUGCUAUGACUAGCCCUACUGUUCUCACAUUUGAUUCUGAGGGGCGUGCAGUUGACUUUGAUGUGUGGGUUGACGACCUGCAGCUCUUUCUUCAGUGUGACUCUAGGGAUGGGGUAUCCCUUUUCGAUCACACGUCCGGUGUCUCUACUGCUCCUGCUGCCACUGCUGACAGUACGGUUCGCUCGCAGUGGACCACUCGAGACGCUGUUGCCCGUCUUGCUGUUCGUAGUCACCUGCCGCCUGCUGAGCACGCGCAUUUUGGCCAGUACAAGACUGCUCAGUCUUUGUACGACGCUGUAGUUGCGCGCUACUCCUCCCCUGCCACUGCUGCCCUCAGCCGCCUCAUGCUGCCGCACCUUUUCCCUAACCUUGCCACCUUUGCCACAGUUGCUGACCUCAUUACUCACCUCCGCACUAGUGACGCCCGCUACCGCGCUGCCCUUCCCACUGAGUUCUGUGCCAAGAACCCCCCCCCCCAUGUACAUCACCCUUUACUACCUAGUCACCCGCCUCCCUGA